AUGGACGUACAAAGAUCUCGCGAGAGAUUCGCGCGGCUGUUGGCGGGGGACGCGGAUGGCGCGCAGCAGCUCGGCGCGCAGCAGCAGGGGGAGGGUGGGGAGUCGUCCAGGGACGGCAAUGACAGCACAGAUCCGCUUCUGCUGUCUAUGCUGACGUGGCACCAGGACAUCACGUAUGCGUUGCAUCAUCCUCCCAUUUCUCCCUGUGCCUUUCUCCCUAACUUGAUUUUCUCAAAACGUCCUUCCUCCCCCCUCAACCCCCCCCUCAACCCCCCCCUCAACCCCCCCCUCAAACCCCCCCCCCCCCCCCCUCCCUUCUCAUCCGUCCCUUCUCAUCCUUCUCCUCCUCCCCUCCCCCCCUUCCACCUCCCUCUCCCCCUCUCUCCCCAGCUCUGCACGUACACAGACGACCUCUGCGAGCAGCAUACCGCCCACGAGCGCCACAUAAAGCUGCAUCCCUUUUUUACUCUUUCCCUCCCCUUUCCCUCUCUCUGCUCGCUUCCUCGCCCCAGCUCUGCACACGACCUCUGCCAGCAGUACACCGCCCGCCAGGCCGUGCUUAGCUCACACAUGCCUUUCUUUCUCAUCCCCCCACUCUCUCCCUCCCCCCCUUCUCCCCCAGCUCUGCACCUGGAGGAGGAGGUAGCAGCGGCAGCCAUGGCCGCGCUACAGGCGGGCAGGGACGAGAUCAUGGCGGAGGUCAGAGCCGUGGCGGCUGAAUGCACUCAGCUGCUGGGCGAGGGUGGCGGAUUCAAGCAAGCAGUCACCCUGCGCCGGCAGUACAGCAGCAACGCGGGCAAGGGGAGCGCCAAGCCACCCUGCUUCCCUCUUCCUCCCCUGUCUGCCCACUCUCGUCCCCCUCCUUCCCUCCCCCCUCCCAGCUUCAAGCAAGCAGUCACCCUGCGCCGGCAGUACAGCAGCAAGGCGGGCAAGGGGAGCCCCAAGCUUGGGGGGGGGAAGAGCGGGAAGGCAGGGGUGGGGAUGGUGAGCGCGGGAGCGGACCCGCUGACUGUCUUUGUGGUGGACCGGAUCCGGCAGUUCUGCAGCUG